AUGUCGCGCUGCCAGGCCGCCAUGAGGCCACUCACCCGGCAGCUGCGGCCCCAAUGCCACAGCAUUGCCCGCCCAUUCACCUCUGCCGCUAUCCUCCGAACACCAGCAGCCGAAACUCAGACUACAGCCACCGAAGCAGACCUGGACCCGAAUACGGUGCUCCCCGAGUUCGAAGAGCAGAUCAUGAAGGCUGGAAAGAUGCCAAUUGGAUCCCGACGUCGUCGCCUAGCCAUCCGCAGCACUGGAGAUCUACCAUUCGAGCACCUGCCCUACCAGGCUUUCCAAGAAGCCCGUAAGAUUCUGUCAGCGGAUCGCGAAGAGAAGUUGGGAAAGAUUCAGAAGGAGAUUGAGAAAAUCAACAGACUGGAGGCUACGAAGCCGGAGGAGAUCAAGGGUGGUCAGCACAUUAAGGAUAUGAGAUUGAGGGGUCUACGAAAAUAUGUCGAAGAGCUCAAGAUCCUCGCGGAUGCCAAUGAUCCUGUUGUUAAGAAGCGUUUUGAGGAUGGAACGGGCGAUAUGAACAAGCCUAUUUACCGUCACUACGCCGAGGCCAAGUGGCGCUCAUACGACCAGCGACUUAUCAACCAACGUAUCAAGCAGUUCAACAUCGUUCCUGAUGUGCUCCCCAAGCUCGAGCCUACUGCUGAUGUUCAGCUAUACUUCCGCCAACUAAAGAUUCCUCCCGGCCAAAUCGUCGACAGCGUCGUCAGCGAGAAGGCCCCUCGUCUGCGCGUACAGGUCUUCGACAAGGGCGAGCGUAUGGUCUCCAUCGUCGUUCUUGACUCUGAUGUGCCUAACCCUGACUCCGACACCUUCAACAAGCGCUGCCACUUCCUCGCAGCCAACAUCCCCCUCAGCCCUACUGAUACCUCUCUACCUCUGAGCAGGAUAAAGGGUGAGGAUCAGCUCGCUCUACCAUGGAUGCCCGCAUUCUCCCAAAAGGGCGCCCCCUACCACCGUCUCGGUAUCUACCUUCUUGAGCAGGCACCUGGUCAAAAGAUCGACGUCGCCAAGCUCAAGGAGCUCUACAGCGCACGCGACGGCUUCUCCCUCAAGUCCUUCCGCGACAAGUUCAACACAGCACCCUUUGGCUUCAAUAUGUUCCGAAGCGUCUGGGAUGAGAACACCGCGGCUGUCAUGGCCCGUAACAACAUCCCCGGCUCCGAUGUCGAGUUCCGACCUACGCGUGUCCACAGUCUCAAGCCACCGGUCAAGCCCCGUGGAUGGGAAGCCAAGCGCCAAGGACCCAAGUACCGUCACCUUUGGAAGUACACCAAGAACAUCAGGGGUAUCUCCAACUCAAGGGGAUGGAUCAAGAGGAGAUAG